AAAAGGAAAAACAAAAUAGAAAAGCGGAAAAAAGGGAAAAACUCUAGAGAGGUUACCCUCUUCCUCUUUCCCCUUGGUGCCGCCGCCCACUUGCUCAAUCUCGUUCUCCGGCGAUCACUGACCACGAGCAGCGAGCCUCCGACGACAGCAUCGACGUCCGACAGACUCCGGCGGCUCAUCUUUUCACGACCUCACCCACGUGAGCACGACUUCGAACGGCUUUGCCCAGGCCUUGGCAGCAUCGUUUAUCUCCGUUUCGACAAGCUUCGACGUCGUCCGACACUCCGAUUGAUCUCUAGUCAUUUUACCCACAACCAACAAAUUCGGACGUUUUCUAACACCAACCAACAAGGACCGGAGCCUUUUCGGGUUUACAAGAAACCUAACAGCUAAAUAGCUGCUUUGAUUGAUUUUGCAGCUCUAGCGGCUUUUACGAUUCAGGACCUGUUCUCAAGGCCAGCCAAUUAAUCAUGGCUGCAAAAAUUCUUGCCAAUUUAAUUGUUAUGGGCUCUGGGAUACUUGCAAGGGCUUUUGUUCAAGCCUAUCGUCAAGCCAUUGCAAAUGCUGCAAAGUCCGGUGUUGCUCAAGAAACAAUACAAAACACUGUUCGCAGAACAAGCAAAGUGAUGACGGAGCAAGAAGCCAGGCAGAUUCUCGGCGUCACCGAGGAAAUGCCAUGGGAGGAAGUUAUGAAGAAAUAUGAUGCUUUGUUUGAAAGGAAUGCUCAAACUGGAAGCUUUUAUCUUCAGUCAAAAGUUCACAGAGCCAAGGAACGAUUAGAAACAAUCUAUCAGAGCAAAGGUCAAGAUGCCCCUAGCUGAGCGUCUUGAGGAAUGUGUUGUGUUUUGCACAUUUUACUGAUUUUGUAUAAUUUUUGAAUUUGGUGAUGGCCAACAUGAAUGAUGAAAUCGACGUCAGUCUAUGUUUACAUACCAUUUCCCUUAUAAUUUAAGCUAGUUAGUGGUUCUUGAAGGUAAUACCUAAAUUAUCAUUUAGGCAAUUGCAUAUAUGACAACUUUAUACAAAAUAAUAAGUAGCUCAAUUGAAGGCAAAA